AUGAAGAAUCUAGACGAUAAAGAGACUCUCGAAGGCCAUCUGCUGCAAGUGCUCAUCUGUCGAGAUUUUGCGACGGUUUUUAAGCGCUCUAAGCACAGAAUUGCUUACAGGCCUCUUGGAAGUGCUGUUGAUUGGUGGACAUUUGGGAUUUUCAUGUAUGAAUUGCUGUAUGGAAAAACACCAUUCAAAGGCAAUGGAAACCGCGAGACAUUGUUAAAUGUUGUUGGCCAAUCUUCAAAAUUUCCUGAUGGUGCAUUCAGUUUUGCCGCAAAAGAUCUAAUCUGGGGUCUGCUUGUUAAGGACCCUCAUAAAAGAUUGGGGUUCAAACGAGGUGCUACAGAGAUAAAGCAACGUCCCUUCUUCGAAAGUGUUAAUUGGGCUCUCAUUCGCGGCACUACCCCUCCCGCGAUCCUUAGACCAGUUGAUCUGUCAUGCUAUAAUCAAACAUUAAAGUCAUCUUUGUAUUCUAAUAACAAGGGAGCUUCAGACUCUGAAAGGUCUUCAGGUCCCUACCUAGAUUUUGAAUUUUUCUGGAGAAAGUUUAGCAGGAGAAUUAGAGGUGUUACUCACAUCAAUUAA